GUUCCGAUCAUUUUCGCUGCCUCAAAUUACGGGUAGGUUAAAGGUGCUUUUCUUACCGCUUUUUAUGCCUCUCCUAAGGGAGAAAGGCAUAACAAGCGGGGUAAGCGAGCACCAGCAACCUACCUCUAAUCAAAAAUGCUGUUGUUGGAAGAGGAACGACGCCUGUUGAUCAUAGCCAUAGUGCUCAUGGUCAAAGACAUCCAAUAUCUUCGCGUAAAACGACUUCGAAUGGUCCUGGCCGAGCUACCAUGUACGUUUUGGAGCAUAAUCUAGGUUAAGGCUGCUCAUCAACCUACUAGGUAGCUACAACUACAACAACUAAUCAUUUACGUUCUUGUAGUUCACAGGGUAUUAUUUUCAUGGGUAAGUGUUUUUCUAAAAAGUCGUGGUCUUACAACUUAAGGUGCGUUGUUGACUAACUGGCGUUGCCUCAAGUCGAGCAUGCUCGUACAACUUUUUCGCAGUAGUUUUCUGGUUGGAUCAUGAUAACUGUUCAUCUGAGAUGGACAUGUUUUUCUGAACCUCUACUUCUGAACCUCCUCUACUUAUGAUCUAAUGGGGUCGGAAAAAGAAGCAAGUUCGCAAGAGUUACGUGGGCGUGAAAUACUUUGGUCGGCUCCUGCGCAAAAUGAGGCCAUCUAACGCUUUCUUCCGCCUGGUAGAGGAGGCCUUUGACCAUGCAGCACAAGAUGGUGC